AUGAUUGCUGUACAUGCUCAAGAUGUCGAAAUGGCAGAGAUCGAACGACCCACCAAAAGAAGACUAAAGUGUUCAAGUGUCUCUUAUUCACGUCAACUGAAACGAAUUGAUUUCCUGACAAACCUGCCAUGUGAGGUUGUGCUACAAGUCAUGUCAUGGAUGGAUCUUGCGACUUUGUUGGGAAUGGCAAGCGUAUCGAAGAGGUGGUACGAGUUAUCAAAGACAAACGACAUUUGGCGGAGGCGCUUAAUGGAAAUGCAUUGGUUGCCGAUCCGCCCUUGUUCUUCCUCCUCCUCCACCACCACCUCCUCCUCCCGAUCAAUAUCAGCAUCCACAACAACCACCGAUUGGUAUUAUUGGUACAAGCAACGUUAUCAAUUAGAAACCCGUUGGCGAUCAGGCAAUGUCACAACCCAUUAUUUGCUCGGUCAUCAAGAUAGCGUUUAUUGUCUUCAAUUCGAUGCAUCACAAAUUGUCACUGGUGGCCGGGAUAGAACUAUACGCUUUUGGGACAUGUCAACUUACACUUGCACUCGCACAUUGGUCGGCCACGAAGGCAGCGUCCUUGCUUUACAAUACAAUGAUCAGCUGAUGGUAUCAAGCUCCUCGGAUACAACCGUCAUUGUUUGGUGCAUGAAAACAUUCAAGCCCAUUCAACGAUUAAGGGGCCAUGCUGGUGGUGUUUUGGAUGUCUCUUUUGAUGAUCGUUACAUUGUUUCAUGCUCCAAGGACAAGACGAUCAAGAUAUGGGAAACGAGUACAGGCCAAUUGAUUCGUACGAUAUCAGCACAUCGAGGACCUGUCAAUGCAGUACAACUUCGAGGAAAUAAGAUCGUAUCAGCAUCGGGCGAUGGUUUAAUCAAAAUGUGGAACGUGGAGACCGGUGAAUGCAUUCGUGAAUUUGCAGGUCAUCAUCGUGGGUUGACUUGUGUUCAAUACGAUGGGCGCAGGAUUGUGAGCGGAUCAAAUGAUCGCACUGUCAAACUUUGGGACGCGGAGACGGGCAAUUGUAUCCUGACUUGUGAAGGUCAUCAAGAUCUCGUGAGAACAGUCCAUUUUGAUGAAGACCGUGUUGUCAGUGCCAGCUAUGAUCAAAGCAUUCGCGUUUGGGAUAUAAAAACGGGAAUGUGUAUGCUCAACUUUCAAAGUGGCCACACAAGCUGGGUAUUUGAUGUGCGAUUCGAUAAGAACAGGAUUGUCAGCCAGGACCAGCGUGUGCUGGUGAUGGAUUUCUCAACCGGUUUGGAUACCAGCAUCUUUGUAUAA